AUGUCUCCGCUUUGGGUUCUCGGAUUAGAGUCUCCCGUGGGCACUGACGCAGCUUCUAAGAGACUAGACUGCAACUACCGAAAAAGUUGCAAGGGAAUGCAGUAUGACAUCCGCGCGGCUGUGUGUUGUGAGAAUCGACUUCAUCCAGGGGCAGGGCUGUCAUGUUGUGGAGAUCUGGCUUUCAACCCUACUGCUGCCACUUGUUGUAAAGGUAAAGUUAUUCUGGGUCUGGGUGAAAAGGUGUCAGCUUGCUGUGGACUACACGCCUACAGCCCACUUAAUGAAAUGUGCUGUCAGUCAACUGUUUUAGCCAAACCUGUGCCAAAGGCCCAAUGUUGUGGUAACGAGACUUUUGAUGAGGACAAGCAACUGUGUUGUGGUGUGACUCAUAAAAAGAAGAUCCUGGCGAGGACAUCCAAUCACCACCAGUGCUGUGGUUAUAACCAGUUUAACACCAUCACUCAUUGCUGCUGUCUGAUGAAUGGAGUUCUUGAGAUACAACACAUGAAUUCAGGUUGCUGUGUAGAGGACACAGCUCAGAUCCCGCAGUCUGUAAUGGAAAAUAUGUCAAUGAACCCCAACAACCCAGUCAUGGAAUCAUCCAGUCAGUCAACUAUUGAUGCCAAACCUGGGCCAAAGAUGCAAAAUUGUGGUAAUGACUCUUUUGAUGUGGACAAUCAGCUGUGUUGUGGUUCAACUGACAACAAGACGAUCCUGGCUAGGAACUCCAGUCACCACCAGUGCUGUGGUCAUGACCAGUAUGACAAUGAGACUGAGUGCUGCUGUUUGAUUGAUGAAAAUCUUGAAAUACGACACAUUAAUUCCAGCUGCUGUGCAGAAGAGGCAGGUGUUGAACCGCAGAAUCUUGCAACUCAGCCCCAAUGCAAUGAGCCAGCAACAAGUCUCUGUGGGUCAUUAUGUUACAACCCCAAAGAACUUCACUGCUGUGAGAGAAACCAGAAAAAGCCUCAUUGGUGCUGCCUCCCAGGUCAAUGUGAUGUGACCCCCACAGUGUAUAACCCAUGUAUCCAAGUCUGCUGUGAUGGCUGUGUAUCUGAGCGGAAGCCUUGGAUAGAUCAAGUAAUGUACUUCUGA